AGCUGUAAAGUAGAAACGUCAAAAUCGUUGAUAACUUUUUUUGUGUCGUAAUAACAUAAAAACAAACUUAUGAAGUGUUAUUUUCAAAAUUAUUAUGAAAAAGAGAAUAAUAUCCAAAAUAGUAAAUCACAUCACUAUCAAUAGUUACCUAUUUUAUGGUAUAGGUUAUCUAUAUAUAUAUAUAUAGAUAGAAUCUAGAACUAAAUUGUCAAAAAAAAAGAAUAAGAAUUUAACCAUACCAAAGUUUAAAAAUAGAGAAAACUUAAAAAAUGUAUGUUAAAAAAAUAGCUAGUUUUAUGAAUUCAGAAGGUGGAAGGAAAGUUUCUUAUUUUCUUGCUGGUACAAUAUCUGUUGGGGCUAUGUGUUCUUAUUUUGUGCCCCAUACCCUACUCUUAAAUGAAUACAGGAAAUUGAUUCAAUUAUACAAUAAUGGUAUAUCAGUUCCAGUCUCUAAGGAGAUAGAAAAUCGCUUCCAAAAGGCGUUAGAUUUAUUAAAGAUAGAUCCAAAAGAUAUCCACUUAUAUAAACCAUUUCAUGUAUAUGGUUUUGACGUAAUGAGUGCUGGCAGUUCAUAUAGUAAAUAUGGAGCAAUUAUUGGAAUACCAAUCAAUUUUACUUUUCAGAAACCAGAGACUAUUGAUCGAUCCAAAAUGAGAAUAAAUCACGAAGCUAUUGUUUGGGAUUCUGAACCUGCUCAAAAUCUUUUAAAGUCAUUGGUUUUGUCAGAAAAAGCUCAGCUAUACGCUAUGUCUAGAGAAGUUUUAUACAGGCAAACAUUGAAACCAUUAUUAGAUGUAUUCUUGGCCACAAAUUUAGUAUUGUCAUCAUAUUUUUUAGGCAGAAAUUUAAAACAAAAGUUUAAUUUUUCAGCAAAACCACUGGGUUUAAGAAUAAUGUUGUAUACGUUAGUAGGAAUAUUUAAUUUUGGAAUAUACAUAAUGGCAAAGGAUCUCUCCCAGAUGUAUUACGAAAAAAAUAUCGAUUUAGAACUGAAAAAGACAGACAUAAUAUUUUUACAGGGUGGUAAAGAAUUUUAUUCUAAAUUACUCGAAAGGAAUAAAGCUUUAAGGCAGUUACUAGGAAAAGAUGGUGAAAGGCUCUACAGUGUGCUUGGAAAUGAAAAUUAUAUAUUAAGACAAAAACAUAUUCCAUUAGUGCAAAGAUUAUCAUCUUUUGAUGAUACAAUAACUUCUUAGAUUAUUCUUAAUAAUCUAUAUUUGUAAAUAUAUUAAUUUAGAAAUUA